CACCAGCCGGCCACUCCCUUUCGCUGAUCAGUGCGUCAGGAUCGGAAAGAACGUCUCCCGUUUUUUUUUGCAUGCAUGCCCCAAGAGCGUGGCGCUGCGAGAGUGGAGGUGAAAGGAAGAAGAAUAGCCCAGGAGGCUCUUGACGAUUGCACGCCUCCAACUAGAUCAACCAACUUGACCGCCGUAUAUACCGUCAUCACCCCGCCUCCGUCUCCCGCGUACACCAGCUCGGCGGACAGCAGCUGAAGAGAGGAGCGAGACACAGUCGCGAACAGAGCACGGGGAGAGACCUAGAGAAACCAGCAAUAGUCGAGUCUACCCGACUCCCUGCCACCAUAUCAAGAAAUGGAUGUUGGACAUUGGGGGAGGCAGUCCAUAAUACUCCGGGAAGCUCGUCCCAUCGACCCAGACGUGGCCCUAGAGCAGAGACUGUCUGCAGAGAGGGGUGCUGGAGGGCUCCAAUUAGGAGAAGGUGUGGGGAAGGACAGGAGAAAAGACAAGGAGAAGGGGAAGGGGAAGGGGAAAGGGAAGAGGAAGGAGGAGGGAAACGGAGGUCAAGAGGUGGUGAGAGGUGCAGAAGCAGCUCAAAAUGAUGUGUCGGCCUCACCAAGGGACGGGGCGGGGCUCUCAACAUUCAGCGACAUUCCGAGCGAGAAUGGAGAGAGGGGGAGGAGGAGAGUAAAGGAAGAAGAUCACUAUGGGUUUCUUUACUCCAUCAGCGAAGCUGACAAACACUAUACACCCAAAGUUGCUGUCGAGACGAGUCGCAUUAGAGAGCAAAAGUGGCUGGACAUGUUUGCAAAGUGGGAUGUGUGGAUGGGACCUAAGAAACACAAGUUGAAGGAGAGGUGCAGGAAGGGAAUUCCGUCGUCCAUGCGUGGCAGAGCAUGGCAGUACCUGUGCGGAGCUCAUGACCUACUGUUGAAAAAUAAAGGACUUUUCGACCAUCUUGUUAGUCAGCGAGACACGGAGAUUGUGCUGAACGUCAUCGACAAAGACUUGGACAGAACCUUUCCCUCGCACGUCCUCUUUGCAAAGGACGGGUCACAGGGUCAGAGGGAUCUGAGACUAGUGCUGAAGGCUUAUGCCAUUCAUGACCCAAAGACUGGGUACUGCCAGGCCAUGGCUCCAGUUGCUGCCACUCUCCUCAUGCACAUGACUGCUGAGGAGGCAUUCUGGUGUCUGGUACAGAUCUGUGAGCAGUACCUACCAGGUUACUACAGCCCCGGGCUGCACGCAUUCCAAAUAGACGCCCUCAUACUGAAGGAUCUACUGAGGAAAUAUCUCCCAGUCAUAGACCGCUUCAUGGAUUCAAAGCUACCACCAAAUCCCGAUGAGAGCAGCCACAAGAAGGGGCUGGACCCUGUCCUCUACUGCACCGAGUGGUACAUGAGCAUAUUCAGCAGAACUCUGCCUUGGCCAUCGGUCCUGAGAGUUUGGGACAUAUUUUUCUUUGAGGGGGUGAAAGUUCUACACAAGACUGCCCUGGCAAUGCUCUCGCUGGCGUUCCACAGUCCUUCCGACAGAGCCGAGUGCAAAGAGUUUUUCAACCUAACGAGAAGGCUACGCGACAUGUCUGUUUCUAUAACCCACGAGGAUGUGCUCAUACCCGCAGUGGUACGGGAUGAGUACAGCGGUUCAGUGUCCAAGAACGAGGCCUACUCGUCCGCCAGGGAAGAGAAAAUGAUGCGAUCCUCCCUUAAAUCCACUAUAGAACGCUGCUUGAAUUCUGAGAGGAUAGUGAUUGUGGACUCACUGAACUACAUCAAGGGCUACCGCUACGAGCUCUACUGUCUCUCCAAACACGUCAAGACCCCACAGUGCAUCCUCCACUGCGACGUCUCGCCGGACGUUGCCCUAACCUGGAACUCCUCUCGGGAGGACGAGACGGAGCGAUACGCACCCGAUGUGUUCGACAGUUUGGUCAUGAGGUAUGAGAAACCGGACUCUCGAAAUCGCUGGGACAGCCCGCUGUUUGUGGUCUACCCUCAGGACCCGCUACCUGCAGAGGACAUCUUGUCGUCCCUCCUCCAUCGAAAGCCGCCACCCCCAAACCUCUCCACUCAGUCACAACCCCUCUCAUCGGCUGACUUCCUCCAUGAUCUUGAUCGUAAGACGCAAGAAGUGGUAUCCCACGUGCUCCAGGCACAGAGGACUGCACUUCCCGGAGACAUCACCCUUGUCUCCUGUGGUCCCCGCCUCCAGCAACAAGCUCCGCCUACCUCAUCACGUUACCAUGGUAGAGCUGCGUCGGCUGAGGAGACAGUUCAUUAAUUACACGAAGCUCCACCCACC